AUUUCAUCUCCGAUUAACCCUAAUCCCCUCUUUCUCCCCACCUCCAUCUCCAUGGUCGAUUCCGUUCGACGCGGCUGAUUCCCCGGCGUUUCCCUAUCCCGAAUCCUCCUCCCGCCCCCGCCGCCGCCGCCGACGCCGCGGAAUCCUCGUCCGACGUCGACGCGCGCGCGCUCCACACCCCUCCCGCACCCCAACCCCCCCCGGCCGUGAUCGAUGAAAAACCCGAAGGCCGGGGCGAGAUUCGUCGCAUAGCAUGCAUGUAUUGGGAUUCACGCUGGAUCUGUAUUGGUUCCUGCAGCUCAUCUUCACCGCCUUCCUCAUCUCCUUCGGGCUGAUCCAGCUCCUCAAGAGCACCGCCUCCAAGUACUUCGAAGUCGAGGCCGGUUUCGAGGGCGCCCCCCCGACGAGUUUCCACGCCGACCGCGGGAGGACCAUGCCCGGCGCCCCCCUCGAGGCCGCCCGCUGCGUCGUCUGUGGCGACGACGGCCCCAAGAAGUGCUCCCGCUGCAAGGCCGUUCGGUAUUGCUCCCAAACAUGCCAAACAGCUCAUUGGAAAAGUGAGCAUAAGUCAAAGUGCAAAGUUUUCCAGGCAUCGUCUAAGGUAGUUUCUGCAGAUGCUUCCCCGGUCACCCAGAAUGGAACUCCCAAGCCAAUUAAACGGUUAAAAAAGAUUCUCUUCCCAUAUAAGGAAUUUGUGGAUCUUUACAACUCCGAAAAAGCAGGAUUUCCUCCAUGUGGACUGAUAAAUUGUGGAAACAGUUGCUUUGCUAAUGUGGUUCUACAAUGUCUUGCAUCCACACGGCCGCUUGUUGCCUACCUUUUGAAUAAGGGCCACAGGAAAGAAUGCCGACGUAAUGAUUGGUGCUUCCUAUGCGAAUUGCAGAGCCAUCUUGAAAGAGCCAGCCAGAGUCUUCAUGCUUUUUCACCAAUCAACAUUUUGUCACGGUUGCCGAAUAUUGGUGGUAAUCUUGGUUAUGGAAGGCAGGAGGAUGCUCAUGAAUUUAUGAGGUUUGCCAUUGAUACAAUGCAGUCGGUCUGCCUAGAUGAAUUCGGUGGUGAAAGAGCUGUCCAUCCAAGUGCUCAAGAAACAACCAUUAUCCAGCAUAUGUUUGGCGGUCACCUGCAAUCUCAGGUUAUCUGCGCAAAUUGCAAUAAAGUCUCAAACCAGUAUGAGAAUAUGAUGGAUUUAACCGUUGAAAUUCACGGUGAUGCUGGGUCUUUGGAAGAAUGCCUAGAGCAAUUUACUGUCAAAGAAUGGCUCCAUGGGGAUAAUAUGUAUAAAUGUGACGGAUGUAAUGACUAUGUGAAGGCGUGGAAGCGUCUAACUGUACGACAUGCUCCAAACAUUCUAACAAUUGCCUUGAAAAGAUUUCAGAGUGGUAGGUUUGGGAAACUCAAUAAGAAAGUGAACUUCCCUGAGACUCUAGAUCUUAGCCCUUACAUGAGUGAAGGAGGAGAUGGCACUGAUGUCUACAAGCUUUAUGCGGUUGUUGUCCACGUGGAUAUGCUGAAUGCGUCCUUCUUUGGUCACUAUAUUUGCUACACAAAGGAUUUUUCUGGAAAUUGGUAUAGAAUUGAUGACUGUAAGGUUACGAGCGUUGGAUUUGACGAGGUGCUUUCACAGGGUGCAUAUAUGCUCUUAUACAGUCGGGUUUCUCCCCGACCCUCAUGUCUGAUGACUGCUGAAAUCUCAGCAGAGGAGAAUCAUCAAAAGGCAGGCAGGGAAAUAGCAUGUUGCUCUCAAGAUCAAUCUGAUGAUUCUACAUCUGUGGAUGGCAAUUCAGUUUCUGGACAUUCUAGUUGUGAAGCGUUAUCCACUAGAGAGGGUUCUCAAGAUGCUGGAGCAGAGCUGAUGGAUAUUGAUGUUGAGACGAGUUCUGUUUCACCGAAAAUUCCGAACGGUGAGAUAGAGUCGUUGGUUGGCCAGAAGGGGAGAUCUGUGACACAUGGGGCUGUUGAGGAUCCAGAUGAGAUCAGCCUUAAGAUACCUUUAUACAGUCCGAAGAUCUCCAGUUCAGAAAACGGGCCAUCUGCUGCAAACAAUUGUAAUGCUACUGGGGAAGAUGGAGACGUGGAUAUGGUAAAUCUGGAGUCAGGGCCAUCCAUUGCAAAGGAUGGUGCGGUGUAUUGCAACGGACAUAAGGAUUUACGAGUAGUUUCUGGUGCUGAUCUUGACAACAAUCUGACAGCUGAAUGUUCAAGUGGUAUAAGUAGAUACCGAGAGGACCAUACGAGCAAUGGCGAAAUGGCCGAGUCCAGUCCUGAAGGAAUUGGAAGAAAAAAAUAAAUUGCCAAUGGUUCCCCGUCAAAAUCAGGUUUUGGUGUUCCCACUUGUAAGCUAGUUUAUGUCUUUCCCCGACUUCAUGGAAAAAGGAAGUUGGGUAUUUUUUUUUUUUCAUUUCCGGGAUUUUAUUAUUUUCAAAAAUCUCGGGUCUUUUACUGUCAUUUUUAGUUCACUCGUGGAAGUGAAUGCCGUCUUCUAGUGGCUUGACAAUCACAGGCAAUUCAUUCUUCACUCCCCCUGGGUCAAUACUAGUAGCUGCGAUUCACUGAUUC